CGCGCCUGCCUCUUCUUCUUCACACCACCGAAGAACCGGCAGCAAAAGGAGGCGGGGGCUGUCGCACUCGGUAGGCAGGUCAGCCGAAAUGGGAGGGCGCGGGAGAAGGAGAGGCGACGCAAAACGUUCUGGGGUGAAGCAGCAGCCCGGCCCCGGACUGAGGGAAGAGCGGCAGGACCUCUGAGAGUGCCUUGCCUUGCCCUCUAGCUUCGCAUUUCACUGCUCGAGUAAGCCGCGAGAGAGGAACCGGCGCCGGGCACAUCUCCUCCAAAGGUCUCGGCUUCUCGGGCAGCCGGGGCAGCCAGCCUCCCAGCGACAGAGGAACCGGGCGGCUUCUCAAGAGCGCAUCUCUCGGCAGGCCUAAGACGCGCGUACUUGCGCGGGAGCCCGGCUCGGCUCUGGUCUCUGGCAAGCGCCUCGCCCACCCGCCGGCAUGGACAGCAAGCGCUGCUUCCCCAACCGCUUCGACGACUACAAGGGCAGCCUGCUGGCCGGGCAGUGCAAGGAGGCGGUGAUGCCCUUGGUGGCGGCCACCAUCGACCGCAUCCUCAAGGAGGUGCCCGAGCUGGGCGGCCACGAGGCGGCGAGCGGCCUGGGCGGCUGCCAGGGCAGCCUGUACGGCGGCGUGGCCGGCGUGGCCUACAUGCUUUACCACGUCGCGCAGUGCCCGCUCUUCGCCCCGGAGCGGGAGUCUUACCUGCGGGCGGCCAAGCGGCUGGUGGACGCCUGCGUGCGCUACGAGGAGGACUGGGGCGAAGCCGACGCCGACACCCGCGCCGCCUUCCUGCUCGGCGGCGCCGGCGUCUACGCCGUGGCCACGCUGGUCUACCAGGCGCUGGGGCUGCCGGACUGGGCCCGGUCGCUGGGCAAGUUUCGCGCGCUGUGCGACCUGUGCGUCCCUCUCACCUUCCUCGAGUGCGGCUCCGACGAGCUCUUCGUGGGCCGCGCCGGCUACCUGUGCGCCGCCCUGGUGCUGAAGCAGAAGCUGGGCAUGGAGAUGCAUCAGGCAACUGGAGAAAACGUGGGCUACAGUCCAUUAAAUCUUAUCUCCAGUAAUUGUCAGCUGCGAGACUGGGCUGCCCAUGGACUUUCAUCCAUUCUACAGAUGCUGCUAUCCUAUUAUGAAUAUCUCUCGCCUGCUGAUCAGGAUCUAGUAUGGCAGAGCGUUGACUUUCUCAUGGAUCAAGAGCAGAAUUGCAACUGGCCUCCAGAACUAGGAGAGAUGAUUGAACGGGAGAAUGAACUUGUUCACUGGUGUCAUGGAGCUCCAGGCAUUGCAUACAUGUUUGCAAAGGCAUACCUAGUUUCCAAGAAGCCUCAGUAUCUGGAUAGUUGUAUCCGUUGUGGAGAGCUGACUUGGGAGAAGGGACUACUGAAGAAAGGGCCUGGAAUAUGUCAUGGUGUGGCUGGCAGUGCGUAUGUGUUUCUGCUCCUCUACAGGCUAACAGGAAAUUCUAAAUACAUGUACAGAGCACAAAGGUUUGCAGAGUUCUUGUUUACAGAAGAAUUUAAGGCUGGUUCCAGAGCACUGGAAAGCAUUUACAGUCUGUUCGAAGGCUUCUCAGGAACAGUGUGUUUCCUUGUUGAUUUGCUGCAACCCAACCAGGCCGAGUUCCCUCUCUACAGUGUCUUUGUGUAAAAUGGAACAUGCUCCAAUGCUGUGUCAGGACAACCAUUCCAGAGGCAUAAUUUCAGUUCAAUAUCAAGGAAGGCUAUGCUAAAAUAACGCACCCAUUUCAAAACUGGCAUUAAUCAGGGAGCCUUAAUGUUGUGGGGAGGCAGGGUGGGGGUGGAGAAAAAUAGGUGAACAUUUUCUCUGUACACACAUAUAUACUGUAUAUGCCAGGAUUUUGGAAAAGGGGAAUGUGAUUUCUAAUAAUUGGUUGCAAUUUUAAACAGCAAAGAAAAGACUCUCUUUUUUCCCAAAACCAAAAGGAAAAAGCAAUUUAGCUGAACCAAGAAAAUAUAAAAUCAUUAUAUGAAAUACAAAAUCAUUGUCUUGUAUCAAUAGCAUCUUUGUCUUUGAGAGAGUGAAUUCACUGAAGGGACAAAAAUGAACAUUUGCAGGUGGGGAACAAAAUAUUAAGUUUAUUCAUUUUUAAAAGGUACACACACAGAUAAGCGCUUUGCUAAAUUAUUUUGAGAGGGCAAGCAAUCUAGGUGUGGAGUAUGAAACAACUUUGAGACACAAUGUAGAAACAAAUUUCAGUGGGCCUAAUAAAAGGCCAAGAGCGGGUAGCUUCUCAGGUCUUUGGAUGCUGUGGCCUGCAAUUCACAUUGCUCCUUACCACUGGCCUUGUUUGUUGGCUGGAACUCAUGGGAAAUGUAGGCCAAAGCAUCUGGCAAGCCAAAGGUUCCUCAGCUCUGUACUAUUGCUAUUAAUGCAUUUGGGGAACAACUCCUUAUUAGAAGCACCUGAACCUUACAGUUUUCAUUGGCAUAUAUGCACACCAUUAAAAUGUGCAAAAAAGCAUUGUGGUUGUCAGUAUGUGAAAUGGGCCUUUGUAAAGUUGCAAAUAAUUUCUGUGAACUCAAAUCCCCUGCCCCCAUUUUUUUUAUAUGCCUAAUGUUGUGGCGGCAGAUGCUACACCAUUUGUGAGUUACUUUAGAAAAAGAAUUAGGUACAGUUAUAGCUCCAAACUAUAAAGAUAAAAUCACCAUGUUGAAUUAUUUCCACAAUUGGUUCAUCAAAGAAGAGAACACAAAAAUAACAUGAGAGACCAAGGUUACUAAAUGGUCCAAUGAAAACAUGGAUAAUUAUAUUUUUCACAUUACAUAAAAUAAUACAGAAGCAUAUAUGCAGCAACGAUACAAUGCUAAUAAUAUUAAUAUGUACGGUAAUAUUUAUACUGGCUUGUCUAAAAUCAUACCAGAAAUGUAUGCUAUUUGCCACUGAGGAGUAGUUAAGCCAAAACUGGAAGGCAUUACAAGUAAGCAUUGCUUUAUACGUAUAAAUAUAGUAAACAAACUAGUAAAAAAAAUGUAGUAAUUAGAUGCAAACUCUUCUAUUGAACAAAAUAAUGCUUUCAACAGUAGCAAGUAAGGAAAUGUAUUAUUAUUUUAAGUGAAAUUUGUGGCUUAGUGCGAGGACUGUUUUAGUAUGAUUAAAAUAGACCUGGAUCUUUUUUUAACUCCCUCCCUGAUUUCCACUCACUAGCUGAGUUGCUUUUUCCUCUCGUUUCAUUUUGAUCCUGAAAUUAACUUCCACAGACACAUCCCAUAGAUUCAGAUUCCAACUUUCUACACUCAGGACUAGAGAUGGGGGUAUUUGUAUUCAUAUAUGAAUACGAAUACCCCCCAUU